CGUUGGAAGAAUUUCGUCACAUAGUAGGAAAAUUUACAAAGUGUGAAAUCUGAGGGAUCGAGAGGGCGAAAAGGAGGAAAAAUGAGGUGGACGUGACGUCACAAUGACAUGAUGAAGAGCCUGGUGGGGAUCAUGUGGAUAGUGUUGGUGCUCAUAUCAGGAUGCUCAGGGAAUCCAGAUGCGAAACGACUGUACGACGACCUACUCUCGAAUUACAACAAACUUGUGCGACCCGUCGUCAACGUGACAGAUGCUCUGACAGUUAAGAUAAAGCUCAAGUUGUCCCAGCUCAUCGACGUGAAUCUGAAGAAUCAGAUCAUGACGACGAAUCUAUGGGUUGAACAGUCGUGGUACGAUUACAAACUCAAGUGGGAUCCCAAGGAGUACGGUGGAGUGGAAAUGCUGCAUGUGCCCUCUGAUCAUAUUUGGAGACCUGAUAUAGUUUUAUAUAACAAUGCCGAUGGUAAUUUCGAGGUGACGCUGGCGACAAAAGCAACUUUAAAUUACACGGGUAGAGUCGAGUGGAAACCACCGGCGAUUUACAAGUCUUCCUGUGAAAUUGAUGUCGAGUACUUUCCAUUCGACGAACAAACAUGCGUCAUGAAAUUCGGAUCAUGGACGUACGAUGGCUUUCAGGUUGACCUGAGGCACAACGACGAGAUUCGAGGCAGUAACGUUGUGGAAAUUGGUGUUGACUUAUCUGAAUUUUAUCCUUCCGUCGAAUGGGACAUUUUAGAAGUUCCAGCAGUAAGAAAUGAAAAGUUUUAUACGUGUUGUGACGAGCCCUAUCUCGACAUCACGUUCAACAUCACCAUGAGACGAAAAACUCUCUUCUAUACUGUAAAUCUCAUUAUUCCCUGCAUGGGAAUAUCUUUUCUCACGGUGUUGGUAUUUUACCUUCCCAGUGAUAGCGGCGAAAAGGUCAGCCUUUCUAUUUCGAUUUUGCUGUCACUGACUGUGUUCUUCCUUUUGCUCGCCGAAAUCAUUCCACCUACUUCACUCGUAGUACCUCUCCUUGGGAAGUUUGUCCUCUUCACAAUGAUCCUUGACACAUUCAGCAUAUGUGUGACUGUGGUAGUCCUCAACGUACACUUCCGGUCACCACAAACACACGUGAUGGCACCAUGGGUCCGUCGCGUUUUUAUUCAUGUCCUACCCAAGUUACUUAUAAUGCGCAGGCCGCAGUACCAAGUAGAGAAAAAAAGUUUGACUGGCCAUCAGAAUCAUAGACUGAUGGUGAGGACAUGCAAUGGGCUGGAACUAAGAGAUCCUGCAAUUUUUGUGGAUCCUUCGGCUUCUGAGUUUGCAGAGUCCUCAGUUCUCUUCCCAAGCAUCGAUUCUCGGGACGAACUGAAUCCUAGGGAGAUGGAAGGAGUAAAUAUGGGAAGCUCGUGUCGCAUUCACGGGACCCCAACAAAUACUCCAGCUCCGACUCAGCAGCUGCCCACGGAGGAAAGCGUGGACGCUCUUUGUAAAUCUCUACAUCACUGGCAUCACUGCCCGGAACUUUAUAAGGCCAUAGAAGGCAUUCGCUUCAUUGCCGAUCACACAAAGAGAGAAGAAGAGUCCACCAGAGUCAAAGAAGAUUGGAAAUAUGUAGCGAUGGUGCUAGACAGAUUAUUCUUGUGUAUCUUCACUCUGGCCGUAGUCAUUGGAACAGCAGGAAUUAUUCUACAGGCUCCUACGUUAUAAAGAUUAAUUUUUGAGAAG